CACACACUAAGAUCUGGGAAAGGGGGGGGAGGAAAUCAUGUGAGAAUUAGUUCAGGAGCACGUGGUUGUGCCAGCCUCCUCCUCCUCCUUUCUCCUCCGUCCCAUGGGGGGUCCCAGGACCAUUGGAGGCGUAAUGGGGCGGGUUCACGGCGCCCUAAGGCCGCGCGCGCCGCGUCAUGACGUCAGCAAAGAUGGCGGCCCCCUGCAGUCUCUGAGUACUAUUCGGUCGCCAUUGACUCUGAGCAGCUGCAGUGCCCCCGUCACGGUUCUUAACAGGGGCGAUUUCUGCCCCGCUCUCACCAUGCUGCCGUUAGGCCACUGGAGUUGCCGGGUAGCGGCUCGCCUCAGCAAACAGCCCCUGGCGAUCUCCCGCUCUUACGGAGGCCCUGCAGGGCCACACUACGACGUGGUGAUCAUUGGCGGGGGGCAUGCGGGGACAGAGGCGGCGGCGGCCGCGGCUCGCUGCGGCUCGCGGACUCUGCUGCUUACGCACCGCGUAGACACUAUCGGUCAGAUGUCUUGUAAUCCUUCCUUUGGAGGUAUUGGGAAAGGUCAUUUAAUGAGGGAAAUAGAUGCCCUGGAUGGUCUGUGUUCUCGGAUCUGUGAUCAGUCUGGUAUACAUUAUAAAGUACUGAACCGACGUAAGGGACCAGCUGUAUGGGGUCUCCGAGCUCAGAUUGAUAGAAAACUUUAUAAGCAAAAGAUGCAGGAGGAAAUCUUGACUACGCCUCUGCUAACUGUUAAAGAGACGGCUGUGGAAGAUCUUCUUCUUACGGAACCAGAUUCAGACCACCCUGGAAAAUGUCGUGUCAGUGGUGUUGUGCUAGAAGAUGGAAGCAGAGUGUAUGCUGAGAGUGUUGUCCUAACUACUGGCACAUUUCUGAGAGGAAUGAUUCUAAUUGGAUUGGAAGCAUAUCCAGCAGGACGCCUAGGAGAUCAGUCUUCUAUUGGCUUGGCACAGACUCUGGAAAAUUUGGGGUUUGUUGUGGGAAGGUUGAAGACAGGGACUCCACCCCGAAUUGCCAAAGAUUCUAUUAAUUUUAGUAUUCUGAAUAAGCACAUGCCUGACAACCCAUCUGUACCAUUCAGCUUUCUCAGUGAAGCAGUUUGGCUUAGGCCAGAAGACCAGCUACCAUGUUACUUAACACAUACCAAUUCAAGAGUUGAACAAAUUGUUAAUGAAAACAUUCAUCUUAAUACUCAUGUGAAAGAGACUACCAAAGGACCCCGAUACUGUCCUUCAAUUGAGUCAAAGGUUUUACGUUUUCCAAACCGUAUACAUCAAGUGUGGUUGGAACCAGAAGGAAUGGAUUCUGAUCUCAUCUAUCCACAAGGGCUUUCUAUGACACUACCACCUAACAUACAAGAACAGCUGAUCACAUCUAUCAGAGGCUUGGAGAAAGCCAAGAUUGUACAACCAGGUUAUGGUGUUCAAUAUGAUUAUUUGGAUCCCCGUCAGAUCACUCCUUCUCUUGAAACCCAUUUGGUUCAGCGACUUUUCUUUGCUGGACAAAUAAAUGGUACUACUGGUUAUGAAGAAGCAGCCGCUCAAGGAAUAAUAGCUGGAAUCAAUGCCAGUCUUCGGGUCCAUGGCAAACCUCCAUUUGUCGUUAGUCGCACAGAGGGCUAUAUUGGAGUCUUGAUUGAUGACCUUACCACACUGGGUACCAGUGAACCAUAUCGAAUGUUUACUAGCCGAGUAGAGUUCCGUGUCUCUCUCCGGCCUGAUAAUGCUGACAGCAGACUUACUUUCCGAGGCUACAGUGAAACUGGUUGUGUAUCACAGCAGAGGUAUAAUCGAGCUUCUUUGAUGAAAUCUUCUUUAGAAGAAGGAAUUGCUGUGCUGAAAUCUCUCCAGUUUUCUAGCUACAAAUGGAAAAAAAUGAUUCCAGAAGCCCCAGUAAGCACUAUUAAAAGUGAGCCUCAAAGCGCUCUGGACAUUUUGAAAUAUGAAGAAGUUGACAUGGCAAUGUUAGCCAAAGUUCUUCCAGAACCCUUGACAAAGUUUGCUGAAUGUCAGGAACUAAUGAACAGACUAAAAAUAGAAGCCACUUAUGAAUUAAGUCUGAUUCUUCAACAAAAGGAAAUAGAGGAAGUUCGACGAGAUGAAGCCCUUCAGCUCCCAAAAGAUCUGGAUUAUUUGACUAUCAGAGAUGUUUCCUUGUCCCAAGAAGUUCGAGAAAAGCUACAUUCUAGUCGCCCACAAACAAUUGGAGCCGCUAGUCGAAUACCUGGAAUAACUCCUGCUGCUAUUGUUAAUCUUCUGAGAUUUGUAAAGACUACUAAGCACAAAAAGGAAUCUGCAGAUAAACUAUCUCUAAAUGAUCAAUACUUAAGUAAGAGAGAUAGACUUCAGAAGAUAGAAUUAUAGCAUUUUAUUUAUAGAAAAAUUUCUGAAGGAUUACUGAACUGAUUUGUUAAAGCAAUAUAUAUAUAUAUAUAUAUACUAAUGUUAACAUGUCUAACAACUAUCAAAGUAUAAUGUAUAUAUUUUAUUAGAUCAUUGUGGAAUUGCUAUUAUUUCAAGAGAAGAACCAAAAAGUAUCCUUUCAAAAACUUAACUUAUGGUUUUGAAGAAAUAAUUAAGAAAGUAUUCAGGAAAAUUGAGGAUUUACAUAAAUAACUGCCCCAUGACAUGAACAAUUUAUACAAUGUCAGAAACAUUAUCAAGAAAUACAACUUUGAAAGAUUUUAGAACUCUGAUCAAGGCAGUGCCAAUGAUGGAUCCAGAGAAUUGAAGAUGAAGCAUGUUAUCCAUUUUUUCACUGAAUGAUGAUAGACUGAAAAUGCCUAAUGAUAUAUGCAUUUUUGAACAUUGCUUAAGAAAAUGCUUCUCUUAACUAUUUAAAGGAUUUUGUUUUUUUUUUUUCUUCUCAUAUUUGUUUGAUCAGCAGAAAAAAGGGUUAAAUGGGAGGGAGAGAGAAUGAUGCUUGAAUUAAAAUGGGAGGGAGAGAGAAUAAUGCUUGAAUUAAUAAUGGGGAAAAUAGAAAAAGAAUUAUUUACCUACUGUAUUGAUUUUAAGAUCUUGAAUUAGAUGAAAUUAUUUACAUAAUUUCUAAGUUUUAUUCCUAAUUUAAUAUAAUGAUGUGACAAACCCUAACCUCAACAUAAAAUUGAAACUGAAAAAAAUCUGAGUUGAUCUCAGUAGGUAAAAUUUCAACAAGGAAGAUUAAAAUAAAAAUAAGAAUCUUUCAGA